AUGAUGAACUUUAUGAAAAAUUUACUGCCACUCAAUAAGAAAUAUGUUCAAGCUUUGAACUAUAAUAACGAUCUUAAGGAGUAAAUGAGCUUGAUGCACAAGUUAAAGGACUGGAUGCCAAAGCCCUAAGGAUUCAAGAUGACUUGGAAUUCAUUAAAAGCUCCUUAAUCUAAUUACUUAAAAUAUAGAUCAAUGAUAAACUUAUCAUUAUUGGAGCUUAUACCUAAGUCUUAAUGA